CUGGCUUUUGCUCCUCACGUGCAGGGGCGUGCGCCAUAUAAGCAAAGAAGAAGAACUAGCAAUAUAGAAGUAUUACAUAUAUGCCAGUACCGAAUGGCUUUUACUGAGAUUAGGUUAGGACUAGGUGUAUACACAGCUGAUGAAUGACUUCGCCUGAAAAACAUCGCGGUUGACGGGUUCACCAUCGACGAACAUGGCGUUCAGAGUCGGUCAGCGUGUCGAGGUGCCAAUAAAGGAUUGCCAAGGUGUGAUCGCCUACGUCGGUCACCCGAGUUUUGCAUCCGGUAAGUGGAUCGGCGUGAUUCUCGAUGAGCCGAAAGGAAAGAACAACGGCACCGUCAAGGGCCAAGUAUACUUCAAGUGUCCAGAAAAUCAUGGCAUGUUUGCUCGCCAAACACAACUUAUUCUACUGGAUGAUGCUGGCAAUAGGACAGAACCUGUUAGUCCUUCAUCUGCUGGUAGCAGUGCUACUACACCUGAUGACAGUGGUGCUGCUAGAGCAAGGAGUCGCCUAAAUAGCAUUAGUAUACGACGAAGGAAUGAGCCUACAGCUGUACGAAGAAAAACAUCUCCUGCGAAUGUUACUCGCCAGCAAUCUGACAAACUUUCUGGUUCUCGAUUAUCCUUGACCGGAAGUAGAACAUUAUUAAGUGCUCCAAGCACAGAAAGCCUAACUGGAUCACAGCAUGAACGUAAAGAUAGUGGCGAGUCAUUAAUUCCAGCACCGACUGCAACAUCAAAGCGUGCCUCAUUUAUCGAGAAGUCCCCUAGCACGAGCUCGCCUCCCGGCAAAAAGCCAAAGGCCCAAGAUGAUCACAAUAAUACAGGUUUUGUAGAAACAUUGAAGCCGCAGUUCGUGCCCGGUCAGGUGAUGGCAGGUUCGGCGGCGGCCGCAAAUGUGGUGGAGGAAAAAUUGUCGCACUUGCAACUCGUACAAGAAAAUGAUAAUUUGAAAUCUCAGGUACGUGAUCUUACCGAAAAAGUGGAAACACUACGUGUAAAACGAAUGCAGGACAAAGAGAAGAUGAAGGAUUUCGAAAAGACAAAACUUCAAGUCGAGCAACUGCUUGAGUUCAAAGCUAAAGUCAUGGAAAGUCAAGCAAGUCUACAGAGAGAUCUUCAACGUGCUCGACAAGAAGCCAGAGAGGCUCACGCGGCGAGAGAACAAUUUCAGGAAGAGAUGUCCGAUCUCGCCGAGACAGUAGAAAUGGCUACAUUAGAUAAAGAAAUGGCAGAGGAAAAGGCUGAAACUCUUCAAAUAGAACUCGAACAACUUAAAGAAAAAUUAGAGGAACAGACAUUAGAUCUAGAGAUAUUACGCACGGAAAUGUCGGAAAGGGCAGCUGGCAGUGGAUCGACCACUACAACCGUUUCACAUUACGAGGUAAAACAACUUGAACAACAAAAUAACAGACUGCGUGAAACGCUUGUGAAAAUGCGCGAUUUGUCAGCGCACGAGAAGCACGAGUUCCAGAAGUUACAGAAGGACAUGGACCAGAAAAAAUCUGAGAUUUUGGAAUUAGGACGCACGAAAGAGAAAUUGUCGGCGCGUGUCGAAGAAAUGGAACAUCAAAUAGCGGAUUUACAGGAACAAGUCGAUGCGGCUUUAGGAGCCGAAGAAAUGGUCGAAGUGCUUGGUGAAAAGAAAAUGGCGUUGGAGGAAAAAGUUGCCGAAUUGGAAGAGGCUGUUGCGGAUUUGGAAGCUCUGCAGGAUAUGUCUGAUCAACUGGCCGAAUCGUCCAAAGAAUUAGAACUGGAGCUUCGCGAGGAAUUGGAUCUCGCUCUUGGAGCAGCACGCGACGCUCAACGGCAUCGAGACGCCGCGUUAGAAACGCUCGCGGAUCGCGAACUAACCAUUACAAAAUUCCGCGAACUCACGCAUCAGUUGCAAGAGCAAUGUCUGCACCUGCAGCAACGCGUUCAGUCGACAGAAUCUACCAAGUCCAAUGUUCGAGGUGCAGAUCAACAACUGGCAGAAAUAUUAGAUUUCCAGAAAACAUUUGCCGAAACCCGUGCGCAAACUAAAGCGGUCGAUCUGGAGCUGCGUCGGCUGGAUGCUGAGGAGGCGCGAAAUCACGUGUGCUAUCUAUUGUCUUUUAUGCCACCCGCAUUUUUAGCUCGUGGUGGAGAUCACGACGCGAUACUGACGCUUUUAUUGGUUCCUAGAAUGAUGCAGAAGACGGAAAUAUUGAUCUCUCAGGUCCGAGAGAAGUAUCGAUCGAUCGAGAAGAUAGACAAAGCUUCUGUAAUAAGAGGUCACUCGGUAGCUCAAUACUCGUUCAGAUGUCGAUUGUGUUCGCAUAUGUACGCCUUGCAAACGACACUGAGCUGCUUUGAGUCGGCUCUGAACUCGUGCACUCCGGAUAUGUUGCUCAAAGCGGGUGCUGCUUAUCCGGAAAUGGCGGCGCAAGAGAAAUCCUUGGACUCGUUAAUCGAACUAGCUAAGAGAGAUCAGUUGGAUGAGAAUUUGCCAAUGGAUGCGAUCGAAAAGUGCUGCGUCUAUUUCGCCACGAUGUUCUCCGUGCUCUUUGGCGAGAACACAGCCAUCAAUCAGGCGCGUCUGAUUGUUAAUGGCACGAGAACUUUGGGCAGUUCGUGCGACGCUACUUCAACUGACGCUAGGGCGAUUAAAGCGUUGAUACAAGGAGAAGGUGGCGAUAUAGGUCUGCUUUGUCAACACAUCGAGAAGACCUGCGAGGUGAUCCAGCAGCAUUUGAAAUCGGCUAGAAGACGCGUUCCGCGAGAUCAUGCUGGUCCAGCGUUUUCUGUAGGCGCCAAUCUAGGCUUGGAUAAAGAUUGUAACGAACAGUUCUCGAUGUGUUAUCAACACGCGGUGAAAAUUAUGAAGACGCUUCAAAACCUACUGAAGAAUGCUCUGCAGGCUAUCAUUGAAAAUGGCGAUUUAGAGACAGGACUCGCGGCCGAUAAGUUGAAGGAAAUGGCCGCCACUUCUAGCGAAAAGGUGUACGACACGGAAGAUCUGGGUCCUGUGGCGACUAUCAAGGCUAGUUUGACAGUGAUACAACAAUUGGCGGCGAAUCUGGCGCAGAAGAUGGCCGAAUGCGAAAACGAACUGGCUAUAAGUGGACAGACACAGAGUCAACAACAAUCACUGGAGAGCGAUCAUCUAACACCUAUCGUAAUUAGAGCGAAUGCAGUUAGGAAAGAUGCCGAAGAAACGAAGGUGCUUAGCAGAAAGCUUGAAGCGAGAGACAGCGAUAUACGCGAAGCGAGAUUGGCACUGCGCGAAAAACAAGAAGAAUUGUCCGAAAUGACGCUGCGGAAAGAAUUGGCAGAGAAACGCUUCGCGACACAACAACACGAACACGAAAUGAAUGUCGAAAAGCUGAAAAGAAAGUUAGAAGAAGCGCAAAAUCAAUUGAAACGCAAGGAAAAAGAAUUCGAAGAGACGAUGGACCAUCUUCAGACCGACAUCGAUAGUCUGGAAACGGAGAAAGGGCAAUUGAAAGAGAAACUGAAAUCUAUUGGCAAGAAGACGAUAAUGUCCGGCGUGGAUAGUAUGGCGGGAAGCACUUCAAUAACAAGCGCUCUGGACAACAAAUAUUACGUGCAAGAAAUAAACGCUCUCAAGGAAGCUUUGAACAAUGAGCAUCAGCAGAAGAAGAAAAUAUUGUGCGACGUUCUGCGUCAAAAAUUGGAAAGUUUGGAACCAUUGUCGUCGCCAGCGAACUACAAGAAUCUGGAUUCGACAAUUCAAGAAUUGCGAAAGAGGACUACCGAUCUUGUCAAAGACGUCGAGAAGACACUAGUGUAUCCUACAGUUCCUGACUUGAGACGCAAAGUGCCCGAAACGUCUUAUCAUUAUUUAUUGGAGCGGCGAAGAAAAAUCAUGCAGUUGAAAGAACGAGCUGACCAAUUAGCGGCACAAGUGCGCCGCGAGGCUAUCAAACGCACACCCGGUGGAAGAGCGGAAGCGAAUUUUGCCGUGUAUCCGAAUCGCGAGAUGGCGGCGGCGAUGAAGGAACGCAAAUUAAUCGCAGCCGAGAUAAAAAUCCCUUCCACCGGUCCGGAACAAUUUUUCUCUAUUAAUGUAGGACCGCAAGAACUUAGAAAAAUCCACACUUUGUUGUCUUAUUGAAGAAAAAAUCUAUGUUGCUUUAUUAGUUUGUCUCUUAACGACAAUAUGUGAUCACGAAAAUUUCUCUUGCAACACGCAAAUUUUUUAAAUAAUUUUUUAAUGCAAUUUUUCAUAUUGUGUUGUUUUACUUAUCAUGUUUUAUAGAAACAAAGGAAGUUUAAAUUAUUACAAAUAUUGCUGUGAAUAAUAAUGAUAAUAAUUCAGUACUAGAUUUUUAUACGAAUAAUUUUAGUUGUAUCUUUGUGUCGGCGUGAAAGAGGUAUAGGACAAAUUUAGUAAUUCGUAAAGUUUGCACUCGUGCAGUAUUUAUUUAUAUUGGGCUACAGCACGAUGACCAGCGCAUCGCGGCUGGGACGUUCAUCUCCAGUGUUUUAUUACGUUAUAAACGCGCAAUGUUAUUUAAGUAUUAACAAUUCGGCAAAGAAAUUUUGCGCUCCCACGAAUUUUAUAUAUAUAUAUAUAUAUAUAUACAUACAUACAUACAUACAUAUAUAUAUAUAUGAUCUAUAAAUAUUUACAUGAUUAUUUCUUGUAUUUACACCUCAAACGCGGUAUCACAAUAAUAAAAAGUAGUGCACGGUCUUAUAUAGCAGACCUACCUUGACCAAAUGUCACAAACGCUUUCACCGUGCUGUUAUUAUGUGUGUAUGUAUACAUAUAUAUACACACAAACACAUAUACAUAUGUAUACAUAUAUAUAUAUAUAUAUAUAUAUAUCUCGAGCUUGCGUAAAUUUACCGCUCAAAGUCGAAAUUCAAUGAAAAACAGAAAUUUACAGUACACAAACAAAUGUUCUAGUUUUUUUUUAUUUAUAGAGAUAAAAGGAGGAGUAAACCGUUGAUGUAUUUUCUCAAAUAUUUAUGAAAUAACGUAUGUUUCCUUAAAUUACUGUCACAAUUUUAUUAUACAUAUACAGGACAUACGUAUGUGCGUAUGUAUAUACACACACGCACGCAUUUUUGUUUGUUUUGCAAUAUCUUUAUACUGUGCAUGUACAUGCGUACACACAUACGUAUGGCGGAAAGAUAUUUUUAUACGUGCGUAUGUUACUUAGUAUUUUAUUAACUUACUCGCGCUCAUUCUCACAUUCUCACAGCAUGGGUGGUUUGCGUAUUCCUUUACACUUUCAUUUAUACUUUUUUUUUUGUUUUAAUAAUAUAAUUAAAUCACGCAUUCAAUCGAGGAUGGUUAUUGGUUACUUCUUUCUCACGUUUAUAUAUAAUCCAGGCAGCAUCAAUCUGCUUUCUCGAAGUGUAGCAAGCUUUCGCGAUCGUAUAAACGAAUUUAGUUUGUCUUCGCAUACUCUUCGCAAACCCUUAAGGCUGACCGGACGACGACUGGUAGUACCUUCCACGACGAGGACGUGUGACCGCACGCUAAUAUAUUUAACUUCGUUAAAAGGUAUAUGAUUACUAAACAUUUUCUCUUGUUUGUCGAAACUAAUGCUCGCAGAAUAAAUGGACUUGUGAAAAAAUGUAGCUAGAACGAAUGAUACUAAAAAAAGAAAUUCUUAAGUGAAAUAAAAAUGAUUAAAGUUUUCGCAGUUCGCAGUAUCGUCAAUAAAGUGUUUCCAUGACUCGAUCGAGGCGACUCUUCUCGUCUUCUCUUUGCGUAUGCAUGUAUAAUAGUAUGUGUACGAAUAUAACUGUUACUUGUAUUGGUCACGUGUGAAUAAAGUCCCUUUAAAUAUUGUAUACAAAAUAUCAAACUUAAAUCUUGAAGCAACAGCACGUGAAACAGCUACUGCACAGUCUCUCAGCUAUUAAAAACUACAUACGGAAGAAUUAUUACAGCUGGAAUUCUCAGUUACAGGAAUACCGUCGCGAAACGAAACAAUUAAUAUCAUGACAUUAGCAAUAGUCGAAAGUGAGCCUGUAACUGCACCCGGCUAACCAAAAAAAAAAAUAAAUAAAAAACAAGUUCCUUCGUUUUUUUUUUCCAACAAUCGAUUGCUUUUGCGAUUCUCAUCAUCAAACAUAUUCACAGACAGAAAGAGAGUUGAAUCGAGAGACGCUUCUUACAACUUUAGUUGUUUCAUCUUCUGACAAGAAAAGCGCGAUAAGUUUGUUAACUCGAUAUAGUGUAUGUACUUAAAAGUUGCCUUAGCUUACAGUACUUGUCAUAUUUGAUAUCGAGGGGAGACGUCGUUUGUUAUUCAUGUAAAAAAAAGUUAUUCCGGUCAAACGCAUCAAAGAUGUGUAUUGUGCGCGAUAUCUUUGACACCGUUGACGCAGCAGUAUUUAGUAGGAAAAAUAUCAACACUUUCUCAAUAUAUUUCACAUACUAGCAUGCUCACACUACGCAUUUGAAGACGAAGCGAAAAAUUUUGGGAAGCAAUAUCAUUGUAAUUCGCCUAAAAAUGAGGUUCAUUACUCACACGAAACACUCAUGUUGUUUCAGAUUUGCUUCUUUUAAUGUGUAUAUAUAUAUAUAUAUAUAUCUCUUCUCUGUUUUCGCGCUCACAGAGUAGAUACAAAAAUUUUACACGACACGGACAUCGUGUACGCGAGUAUUCAAGAAUUGGUGGUUGUGUAAACCGUUGCGUCCUCUCUUUCUCUCCAUGAAAAUUUUACACAACAAAAAUCUCGUUGAUUAAAUACAUCCACUAUAUCCAAAUACUACUAAGUCCAAAUACCACGUGUGCACUUUUGUUGUAUUUUUAUUUUUUUUUUAUUUUUUUUUUUACUAAGAUCUCUCCUUCAUCAGGACAUCAAACUCUUUAUUUUCAAUCAUGAAUUAUCAACGGUAAAUUAAAUA